CUGUAAACAUCUAUACACAUCUCCCAGUUUGACAUGCCGUCUUCUAUCUAAUACUACAUUAUUUAUUCCUAUGGGAUCCUUUAAUCCUUUAAUUCUAUUUAAUCCCAACAGAUCAACACAUUAUCCGCGCAUUCACCACGAGGCUGAGCUUCAUUCGUUGCGCGUUCUUGUUCGUGGACAUCCCUCUCUGCAUUAGCUGUAUUAUACCUUGCUCCGUGGGAAUCUGUGGGAAGGAAUGGACCGUCGUAAUCCCAUCCUGCUGAAAUGAGAGAGGAGAGAGAGAAAGAGUAAGCGCCAACCUGAUUCCGCCGCCUUACGUCUUCUCGGAUACAGAGCUCCUCUUUGGCUAUCCUGGUCUACCGCUGGGGCUACUACCUCUGCAUCCUCUUGCUCUGGGAUCUCUCCCUCCCUUAUACCAUACCUUCCUUCCUCCCUCUCUCUGUCUCUCUCCGCACAUCCCCAGAGACCCAAAGCCUCACUUCCCGGGGUGGUUUCUCCUCGACUAUUGGACUACUGGACUACUGGACUGCUCCUUCCUACUCCUCCUCCUCCUCCUCUUCACAACGGCACACCACACCUCUUCCCCACAUCGCAGCUACCUCAUUCACCUCUGGCCAGCUACCUACACUAUAACCACCGCCAGCAUCCCCACACUCGUUAACACAUGCGCCCUGGAACCACCACGUCAACAAACUAAACAUCUCCCUCCACCAACCUCAGCCCCCCUCCCCGACGCAGCCUUUGUCUUAGAUUGUGCUUAUCGCUUGCGACAAGAACGACGUCAAAGGUACACAAACGCCUUGGCACUCUACAACAAACAACCAGACCUAUCCAAACCACCAAGCACCCCAUUACCAGGACCUACAUACUCGCUCAGCUUGGGCGCUGUAACCAGCAAUUGUGCGCAUUGACGACGAGGUCCUUCUACCCUCCACUCCAGGUCGCUGCCCCGACGGCAGCAGCUCCGGUCCAGACUGCUGGCGAAAUAGAGCGAGUAAGCGCGAGACCGCGCAAGUGCCGUCGCCCACGAUUCCCGAACAACAGCGCGAGAAACGCGAGAGGGUGACGAGAUCGCACACCCCCUCCCACCACUCAUGGCGGCGUUCGUACGGGUUCUAGGGCCGCCAAAUAGCAACUUCUUGGUCGGGUACCCUGGAAUCUCUGCUACUCUGCCGCGCAUAGAGGGCAAAGUCGAAAUCCGCCCGAAGGAGGGCGUCUCGGCCCCGGUUGCCAUAUCCCUCGUCUCGAUAUGUUUACAGCGAUGCGAAACGAUACACCCCGCCGCCGAGCUGAUCGUGAAGAAACACCUUGGAACGCCCCGGCGCGAGACGGUGGAUAUAGUGGGCAAGGAGCUCUUGUUAUGGAAGUGCGAUAUCGGGAGGGUGUCGGAGAAUGUGGUCAUGAUGGACCUACCGUUCGUGCUGUUCAUACCGUUUGGGCGAGGAGGACAGGAGACGAACCGGAGGAUCCCACCGGCCAGUCUGCAGCUCCCGAGCCGGACCGCAGAGACGCGGUAUGAGCUGGUAGUUACGGUGCAGCAGGGGAGCGCGGACCAGAGCAAGUUCGUGACGCCGGUGCCGAUACAGAGAUACGAUACGUUGUCGACGUUCGGCAUGUACAACCGCCCGGAGUCGGCAGAUAUGGUGUCGGACCACCUCAUCACGCUGGGCAUAUCACUACCGCGAUGGUCCUACGGGCCGCUCGAUCCAGUCAGCGUGUAUAUCAAGCUGAGUCCGAACCUGGACCAUAUGAAGAAGGCGACGAAGGUGAUGAUUCAGAAGAUCACGAUGGCGAUCGAGGAGGAGAUUACGUUUAACCACGAGGGCGACGAGCCGACGAAGAAGGUGAAUAGGAUUGCGAAGCAGACUACGCCGAUUGGGGUCAGGAUGCCCGGGACGGGCUAUACCACCAACCUCGGUCUCGUGUUUCCGAGUAAGGAGAAUAGGGAUGCGGAGGGGAUUAUUAGGAGGGGCAAGCCGCAUUUCCCCAUGUACGGCGUCAACUCGUUCACCACGACAGGAAGCCUGUACAAGAUCGAGUUCUUCCUGAUAAUAAAGGCACACAUGACAAACACCCGCGACAUCGUCCUCCGCCAACCCAUCAUCGUCUGCCCCUUCGACCAGCAAGCGUGCAAGGAGGAAAUGGAAUCCAUCGAGCAGGCCGCCAAGGACGCAUCCCACGUCGACGCGAAUAACCCCAUGCUUCCCGCCCGCACCGUCAUUAAAGCCACGGACCGCGACGCCCUGAAGGCGCUGGGGUUCACGUCGGUGGGGAACCAGAGGAAGAUACUGAUUGAAUGAGGAAGUGACGUCGUUGGACGAUUGUUGAGACCCUUACCGUGGCUUGCUUAUAUACCGAGGUAGUCCAGGGGAGGACCGCCUAUCCGCCGCUGAGCUAGGGAGGGCGAGAGAGGACCCUGGAUCGGAUGAUGCGGAUGCGGAUGCAGCGCCGGAAUGACGUUGACGCCGUCUGUGACGCCGUAUGUGCUGCGCUGCGCUGCCGAUGGAUUCGAGCGGCGCGACGGACGGAUAUGAAUGACGAGCGAUGUAAUGCAUAGCGUGUAUACUUGAUUGUCUGGGUGGGUGGAGCUUUGCUUUUGGGCGAAUGACUGCACGAGUCCACGCAUGCAAUGGCCGGUUCAUGGGGGAUGGGAAUGGUAGGGGAAGGGGUGCAUGCAAUGGCUGGUAUGGGAUUCUGGAGGGAAAAGGGGGGAGGCAAAGAGUGUUUUUGGAUGAGAGGCCCGAUGGGCGCCUCUUGUAGUAUACCCGCGUUUUUAGCUAGGCGCUGUGAUUGUGGCGUUGGGAGUGGGAGUGGUAGAGGGG